GGUAGGUACCCCGGGUACCUACAGUACCCAAUUGCCAGAUACGUACCGUACCUUGCCCGGUAGAUAUUAUUGAUUGGGAUUUUUAUUCAAUUUAUUUUAUCUUCAGUUUUAUCUCUAUUUUACUGAUUUGUUUUUCUUCUUCCUAUUCUUCUCCCCCCUCUACCCAUACCUUUCAUUCCUCCCAUCUCUUGUUGUAUCUCUUGUUGUUGCUCCUCAAUUCAACCAAAACCCUCUUUUGGAAAAUCUUCAUUCAAGAGCCUGACAGGCCUGACAAACUACUGGAGUCGAAACUACUUUUGGUGUACGUCUGUACUCCCCAGGUUUCAGGUUUCGUCCGGAAAUCGAAAGAAGGAAAAAACGACAGCUGCAACCCACCACCCGCUUACUGCGGAACGUCCAGUCGUCUGCAACGUAAACAUAACGAGAACUAUCUCGAUUCAUCAGCGCCAAAAAAAAGAAUCAUCACUGCUUUAACCUGACAAGCACUGAUAAACAAAAACCAAGUAACCAACCGACAUCAUGGUCUACUGCGGAAAGCCCUCCAGGGGCUGCCAGAUGUGCAGGACUCGUCGAAUCAAGUGUGAUGAGACAAAGCCAACGUGCAACCAGUGCGCAAAGUCUCGGCGGCAAUGUCCUGGCUACAAGGAUGAGUUUGACCUGGUCUUCAGGAACGAGACCAACGCCACAAAGAAGAGGGCUCAAAAGGCUAGCCGCAAAGCCAUGAACACCAAGAUCGUGCGGAUAGACUCCAACAGCAGUGAAAGCCAGCUGUCUACCGUUUCCAGGGAUCCCUUCAACAACCAGCUAUCAACCAUCGUACCCAGUCUGACUGUGGCACCCGAACAGCACGCGCAGUGUCACUUCUUCGCCAACUUUGUGUUGGUACCUAGGCAGGAUGGAUCGCGAGGUUUUAUGGACUAUCUAGUCCCCAUGAUGGCCAAGGAGGCGAAUAACACUCACCUGCGCCAUGCCUUCAACGCAUGUGCACUGGCAUCGCUCGGAAACAAGGUGACGGCUAACGGCAUUAACUUUGGUGACCGCGCGUUGACUGCGUACACCAAGGCCCUGGCAGCGACCAACAUCGCUUUACGCCAUCCAGAAGAGAGGAUGUCGGAUUCUGUAUUGGCUGCAAUUUUACUACUGGGACUUUUUGAGAACAUAACAGCAAAGCAAAUGGGAAUGUUUGCUUGGGGAUCUCACAUAGAGGGUGCUGUCGAACUGGUUAAAUCUCGCGGCAGGAAGCAGCUGAGCACCAAGUCGGGAUUGCUACUCUUUAUUGCUGUCAGGACACAGAUGAUCAUUCACACCCUCACUACAGGCAAGGCGCCCAUAAUGGGUACCGAGUGGUGGAUGUCCGAUGCUGUCAAGGUUCCAGCAGCGGCCACUUGCCAAGGCAUCAAUAUCAAGACUGGAGAGCUCCGAGCCGAGGUCACCAGGUUGAUGACUACCAUGUCGCGGACACCCGAGAAUAUCGAGCUAAUGCUAGACAUGAUUCGACGGGCACAGAUGGUGGACCAGGAAGCCCAAGCUUGGCUCAGAGAAAUGCCUGAGGGCUGGCGGUACAAGACGGUUGCAUGGGAGGACAAGGUUCCGAACGGUGAUUACAGCAAAGCCGAUGUCUUCCCGGGCCGCGUAGACAUGUACCCCGAUUUCUGGACCGCCAGCGUCACCAACAUGUGCCGGACCUGCAGACUGAUUCUCGCCUCCAUUAUCGUCCGAUGCGCCGCCUGGGUCGUCUCGCCGGUGGACUACAGGACAACUCCGGAGUACGCAACUGCGGCGAGGACUUGCGUUGACACCAUCACGGAUAUAAUUGCUUCCGUGCCCUACCACCUUGGCUGGCACCUGAAACGCAAGGAGAUCAUUGACCGCCACGACUUGUCGGGUUUUGCGUGCGGAGAGGAGGACACUAUGAAAGGAUUGGCAGGAUACUUCCUCACCUGGCCUUUGACCUGUGUCAACUCUCAGGACUACAUUACCGACGCUCAGCGGGCUUGGGUCUGCGGACGUCUCAGGUACAUUGGCAACGAGCUGGGCGUCAGAUACGCAAUUAUGCUGUCCGAGCUUCAAAUAAGACUGCCAUCCAUGCUGAUUCGUCGGGACGGGUUGGUGGCACAGCCAUACCCCAACGCCAGCAACCUGGAGCAGCUACUGUCGUCAGCGCGGCAUGCGCCACCAACAAACGGCUACGCUCUCAACCCCAUCCAGCAGCGCGAAGCGAUGCACAAGCGGCAAAUGGAUGAAACCAAAGCAGAAAUCCUGCUCAAGGCGACGGCCACCGCUGGACCAUCGGGACAAUGGGUUGCCCAGAAGAUGCUGGCUGUCUGAAGGGCCAAACUUGAAAAAAAAGAAAAAAAGAAAAAAAAAAAGAAAAAAAAGGAGACAGUCAACAGGACGCGUCGUUGCGAUGUUUUCUUUUGAUUUCUUUUUUCUUUGCUGAGUGGCGGAUUUGUCUUGCAUACAUAUGCUCGCUGGGGAUUCUUGGUAUAUGGGGGCGUUCAAGUAUUUACACUGGUACGAUUUGUUGUUCAAUUUUUUUAUUGGGCUCGUUUACUCUGAUGCUUUGUGUGGUAUAUAUAUUGGCCUGGUCAUCGACGGAUCGGGAGUGGAAACGGAUUCAUAAAGUAAGCGAGAGUUCAGGUGGGUGCCUUGGGCGGCUUUAUAGAGAUUUACGGUUGAUGAGGACGUGAAUAGUUGAUCAUUUAGGAGAGGAGCAUUGCGAGCCAGGGACUGGUUUAGUAAGAAUAUGACAUUGAUGAACCUACACUUUUUUACACGGGGAGAGUAUACGCUGGAUCGAGUUUCUCAGUAAUUCACAAAUGAUAAGCA